UCCUACCUUUCCCUCCGUCCCUAUGAUCAACCUAAAUAUUCUAAAUAUAUAGAAGACCAAUUUAAGAAAUGUGCAAUAGACAUUUGAAGAUGCUCUAGUGCCGAAUCACAAUAGUAAGGAAUUAAACUAGAGUCUAGAGAGAAGAGUAUGCUGUACAGUUAAGUAUUUUCAAAUCCCUAAUAAACCCACCUUAAACACUCGAAAACUGGAUAUUUGAAAUUGAAUACGCUCAAUCAUCUUGUCAUACAAACAAGAUGCCUGACUCACUCAAUCUCGCCGAUGCCGCCAAUGACGACGAAACAUUUGACCCCAUCGCUUUUGCUCUUGCUCACGCCGACAACAUAUCUCACCCGAUAGUCCGCUCUCUUUUCAACUACAUCGCAACCAAAAUCUCCACUCUCCCCGAAGCCAAGAUACGUCGCCUCUCCGACGACCAGAUAGCUCGUCUCAUCCAGGACGAGACGAUUCGCCUCCCCGAAGCCGAGUUAAACCGCCUCCUCGAUGCUGAAUUUGCUCGCUUGAUCGCUAUCGCCGACAGCUUAUUUCGCUUCCUUUCUGGUCCAAAUCCUAAAGCAGACAAGGAAAAUGGAGCCACCGCAAUUGAGAACUUCGCAACUGAGAUUGUGAAGGACUUCUUAGAUAGUCUAUUCGGCCCAGUAAUCACGAUCCUCGGCCAGUUAGUACUAUUUGUAGUACUAUUUGUAGUAGGUGGUACGGGUUUCAUUAUCAUAUCACUCAUUGGCCAGGUGUUGUACCCAGAAUCGCCAGCUUCAAGAUAUGUCACUACCAAUGAAGCUCAGAAGGAGCGACUCAGAUCUUUAAAGAGGUCCAAUUUUUUGUCUAAAUAUUCAAGAAUGCCAGAUCUGAAGGGUCUUAAAGGCAUUGGAGAAAUCUACAGUCGAGAAAUCUACAAGGACUCUAGACAAGAUUGGUGUAUCGAGUGACCCUUUGAAUUUUGUUUUGUCCAAUGGAUCUGCCAAUUGCAGGAAGUAGAGCAGUAUCAGGAAGCAAUAGAUCUACUGGUAUUUACAUUAAUUGAUUUUCUUAUGGAGUUGAGGUGCAGAUUUGGAUUCCUUUACAUAAGUAAAUUUGCAAAAGUGAAGUGUUUCAGUUACUUGUUUUUCAACUCCAGAAAUGAUAGAAAAUGGAAAUAUAAACAUGUACCCUUUUGCUGUUUAUACCUAAACUAAUGGUGUUGACGUUUUCUAUGUU